CCUUCAGUAGAACACAGGCGACACUGACUCUAUUCAAUAGUCGCUCGGGGUUUAACGCCUGCCGCUGACAAAGACAUUUUUAUAUACGUCAUGUGAAGGUGCCAUGCGGCUUGACUUUUCCUGCACUCUUUCAUGACUAGUAUUAGUACGCGAUGUCUACGUCUUCCCGUCCUCUCUUUCGGUAUUUCAAGAGACGGCACCCUUCUCAGCCUCCUCCUAAUGGUCCUCCUGGUGAUCCCUUGCAGCCCCCAAUUCCCUCUGUUCCCGACGUCCAGCGUGACCUUCGCUCAACCCCAAGCGAUGGAAUGAUUCGCAGAUAUCAUGAUAAUUCCACAGGUUCCCGUCCCGCGGCUCCUGCUGCUACAAAGCCAAUCCUUCUGCUUUCAGGUGGUACUUCUCAGGAUUCGAGGCGUCGGCCCUCUUUUUGGCGUCGGGUAUCUCAGUUAUUUCGGAGAAGCCCCACUCCUGACACCAACCCUGUUAAUCAUGCGGUGGCGUCCUAUCCUGGACAACCUGUCCCUCCUGCCCCCCUUCAAUUUAAUGAUCCAUGCCCAUCGCCAACUCUCUCUUGCCCCACUCCCACUCCUAACCCUGUUGAUCAAUCAAGCUCGCCUCAUCCUGGGCAACCUGCGCCCAUUCAGCCAUCCCCCAAUGAUCCACGCCCUUCGCCGUCUCUCCCCUCCGAUGGGGACAUGGAUGUCCUCCAUACAGCACCCAGCGAACCCACCAUUCAUGACAAUCCUGCGAGCCUCGAUGCACAAGCAGGGCACGCAGGCUCGAGCUCGGAUAUCCCGUCGGUAGUGCAGCAGUCGUCGACGUCGUCCCCUCCUGCUGGUGGCCGGAAGCAAACAGUUGUCGGCACCACAAGGGUUGUGCUUCAAACUGCUGCCUCUGCCCUUAAGUUCUCUCCUAUUCCGAAUCUCUACCAGAUACCAAAUAUGCUCUUAGCAUGGCUCCAAGUUUAUGAGGUUUAUCGUUGACGACAACGACGAAAAUCUUAAAGAGUUGGGUAAUGAGGUUCGGGAAGUCUACGAAACAAUGUUGCGGCCCCUCCAGUUAUGGACGGGCCAGAUUCCUCCUGAAGUUGGUGAUUUGAUCCAACAAUCCAACUCGGCCCUAAAACGGCAGCUAGAGCGAAUCGAAUUGCUCAAGCGUAAAAAGCUUGCCGGGAAGGUGGUCUUGGCGGCCGAGGUAUCUCAGGAGAUUGGUAACGUGAAGUCCUGCGUCGGUGAUGUUAUUUCGCGUUUUGCAGUUCGUUUUGUCCGUUUUCUGACUGAUUGAUGACUGACUGAGGCAUAAU